AUGGUAUUCGAAUUUAUUCGGUGUCGACAGAAGGACGCCCACCUCAACGACUGCUUGGUGGCUGCCGUGCCGGAUGCCCUGCGCAAGAUGAGGAAAGGUAUUCCCGAGCUCUCGGUGCCACCUCUGGAACCACUCCAGGUGUCCAGCAUGGAGAUAGAGUCUGGAGCCGGCCCCGUGGUCAUCACACAGAGCUACAAGAACAUCAGAUUGCAUGGACUUACAGACUCCAUAUUAACUACCUACAAGGCUGACCUGAAGCACUACAGACUACGCACAGAGUCUACGCCCAAAAUGGAGUUCAUCACAGACUACGUGAUGAAGGGCCGUAUUCUGGUGCUGCCGAUCCACGGGAAGGGCGUCGCCAAUAUUACUAUGGUAAACUUGGUCGUGAAACACGAGCUGAUCGGCGAGCCAGUGGAGCGUGAUGGACACACGUACAUGCGGAUGCGGGACUACAGAGUCAAGUUUGUGCCCAAGAGAGUGCUGCUACACUUCUCCAACCUGUUCAACGGAGACAAACGGUUGGGGGAUCAGAUGAACCUAUUCUUGAACUAGAACUCGGACUUGGUCUUCAACGAGCUCAAAGAGUCUUAUGAGAAGAGUCUGAGCAUUUAUUUAUACAUCAUAUAA